GAAACAUGCAGCAAAGAGGAAGCUAAGUACAGAUGUCCACGAUGCAUGAAAUAUUCGUGCAGUCUAUUGUGUGUAAAGAAGCAUAAGCUUGCACUGAGCUGUAAUGGAGUCAGGGAUAAAACAGCAUUUAUCUCUGUAAAUGAAUUUACUGACUUGAACCUUUUGAGCGAUUAUCGUUUCCUGGAAGAUGUAGGAAGGACAGCUGAUGCUGCUGCUCGACUUCCUACUAUGCAUAGUCCAACAACAAAAAAACUUUUAUGUUGCUUGAGAAACAAAGCUCGAAAGUGUAAUAUUGACCUGAGAACGCUGCCUGUUGGAUUUACAAAAAGAAGAGAAAAUUCAACCACCUUCAAUUGCAUGGAGAAUAAGUUCUACUGGCAUUUGAAGCUCAUAUUUCCUCACUGUCGUGCUGAAUACACUUUAAAAGGGGUGCCUGAUGAUAAAACACUCGCUGAUAUCCUUAAGCCGUACAUUGAUCCAGUGGAAUCAGAUCCUGUAGUUUGUCAAAGGUUAAAAAUCUAUACAGCGUCUCCUCAGUCAGAUGUACAAAUUUUAAUGAAAAUAGAAAACAGGAAACAAAACUCUAUCAGGUACAAUGAAUUGGAUGCCAGUAGAAGCCUCCUGGACAAUUUGAAAGGCAAAGUAAUAAUUGAGUAUCCAACAUUAUUUGUGGUCUUGAAAACAUUGAAGAAUGACAUGGUGGUUCUUGGCCAAGAUGCCAGUGAACGUACAGAGAACUCGGACAGUGAAAGUUCAUCCCUGUCAUCUAUGGAAGAAGGGGAAAUUCGGGACAGUUCAUGAUGGUUCUUUGAGAGAGGAGGGUGGAAUGAGCAUUUUAUAUUUUUUUCUUUAAUUAAAUUUAAUCUUUUUUUAUACAACUGUGUAUUCAGAGGGUUGGUUUGGCUUCCUUCACUAAAGGCAACACUUCCAAACUGCCAGCCUAUUUUUGGAUUUAGAAACGCAUAUUUAGAGAUGUAAAUAAAGAGAUGGGGAAUUGCUGGUUCCAGAAAAAAAAUGAUAUUCUUAUUUAAUUGCAGCCUUUUGUCCAUGUAUCUUUAAUAAAUCAGGGUGACUCAAAUUUAAAGUUUCCAAGUUAGUUUCAACAGUAUUUUUUUUUCCUUUUACCCUAACAGCUGAGUGUCUGAUUUCUGAGUUUAAAUAUCUGAUCACAUAUUUGUAUUUAUAUGUGGAUUUGAGUCUUAAUGCUUAAACUCACUGGAAAAAAACCACUGAUGUUUCAUUAGAUUAAUUUUCUUUUAGGGUAUUUCUUUAUCAUGCUGUGCUGCUGCAGGUGAUCUUACCUUCUGACUUUAAUAUUCUGUGGUGACAAUUUGGUGCCUGGUGCAAUACUUUUUUUUUUCUUACUUGGUUGCAUCUUGUUAUGUUAUGCAUCUCAUAUUACUAGUUUACCUACUGAAGCCAGGUAUUGUAAAUAUUUACUGAAGUAUCAACUAAAUUUACCUACUUAAAAACAAAUAAACCUUAAAAAACAAGUCCUGUACUGUAUCAUCUGCUGACAACAGAAAUCUGUUGCUAACUUCUGAGAAGAUUUCUAGAUCCCAGACCACUUAUCACUAUGUCGAAGUCCCCCGUGUCUGUGAGGUCUGUUGGAGGAUGAGAACAGCGUGUGCUGUGAGCAGUGUGAGACAGGUGGGCCGCUCUGCACACUUGCACCAGGGAGUUCUCAGGAAUCAGCAUAGGCAUUUGGGGUUAGUUUGCAAGGGUCUAGCUAAGUCGGCACCUGUAAAGUCUUAAGGACAUAAUCACUUUGUAAACAGCUCUGUGAGGUUGUUGCUGCCAUCAUUGUUACCCCAGUCUGUCUCCUGCUUGAGACUAGCACCUUUUGUGACAAAAGUUGGUGGCACAGGAUGCACACUAAACUGCCAUGGAGGUGUUUUUUCAGUCAUUACAGGUAGAAAGACAACGGAAAGCAGUGAAGGAACUUGUUGACGUAACAGGAGGUCGUGGCACCAACAUGGGAGAGGGCUUGGGCUUCCAGACUCUCAGUCUAGGCUUCAGGGCACCAGGCUGUUGGUUCCUUACCAGUCAUGCUGCGUGGAGAGGAUUUUUUGGAUGUUCAAAGUUUUAGAAAUUUUUUUUUUCACACUUUUGCAAACAAAUUGUCUUUAAAAAUGACAUCUAGCUACUGUUUGAAAAGAGCAUCAGACUUUUGUAGUCACAUACUAUUUUUUCUCACAGUGGUAUCACGUGUCCUUUCCCUCAUGUGUUUUGCAACCCCUGGUAAAACAGGAAAGUUUUUCUUCUUGCCUGGCAGUAGCCACCUGUGCUGUAUUUUCUUUUUUAGUCAUUGUUGGUCCUCUGCCCACCUCUUGUUUCAAUGUUUGUUUUUUUAACCCUUUUUAAAGGACCAGGAUUCCUAGCUGUAGGUGCUGCUUUCAUAUUUUUUCAGUUCAGUGAAAGUGAAUAAGCUUUUCCUAAUCAGUGAUUACGGCACGCUGACUUAGUAGCCACAAAUUACUUUAAACCAGUCUUGAACUCGUUCAUAAUAACAUCGAUAAAAGAGCAGAACAGCAAAACUGCCACAGUUCAUUUGCCAGAAAAUGUUUCAUCUGGAGUAAAAGCGUGGCAUUUCUGUUAAGAUUCAUAGCACACAGUGGAAAUGAGAGUGCUGCAAAUAUGUGUUGAUCUGCAUGUGUGUGUGAUUAGUCUUUGGCUGAGGAACACAGAUUAGUGAUUUGCAUUACUUUCCUACACUCUUGGAGGUUUUCAUUAAUUGUAUGAAAGGGUUUGUCUGCUUUUUUUUUUUACUUACAUAAAUCUAGUUUAAGCUUCCUUGUGAGUCAAAUGCAACUUGUUUUUUAAAUCAAGAUGCUGUUAAAUCUAUCCUUCAGAUUUAAAUCUUUUCCUACCUUAAAGAAGGUUUUAAAAAACAUUAAGGAGCAUUUCUGUGGUGGUUACUAGAACUGAAAUUUCCCAAAGCUGGGAGUCAUCUUCCAGAGUUAAUCAAAUUGAAAGUAAAUUUGAUAGUAGUAGCAUUUGCCAUUCAUUCCCAGGUUACUAUUUACCUCUUUUUAUUUAGUUUUGAUAACGGUUACACUG